AUGUGGAUCGUCAACUGGUUUUACGAUGUUCUGGCAUCGCUGGGUCUUAUGAACAAGCAUGCCAAGCUCCUCUUUCUCGGUCUGGAUAACGCCGGAAAGACAACGCUGCUCCACAUGUUGAAGAACGACCGCGUUGCCGUCCUCUCCCCCACCGCACACCCGACCUCGGAGGAACUCGCCAUUGGCAACAACCGGUUCACAACCUUCGAUCUGGGCGGUCACCAGCAGGCCCGCCGCCUGUGGAAGGAUUACUUCCCCGAAGUAAGCGGGAUCGUCUUCCUGGUCGACGCAAAGGACUACGAGCGCUUCCCCGAGUCCAAGGCCGAGCUCGACGCCCUCCUCGCCAUGGAGGAUCUGGCCAAGGUUCCCUUCCUGGUGCUUGGAAACAAGAUCGAUCACCCUGAUGCCGUGAGCGAGGAUGAGCUCCGCCACCAGCUUGGUCUGUACCAGACUACCGGCAAGGGCAAAGUGCCGCUUGAGGGCAUCCGGCCCAUUGAGGUUUUCAUGUGCAGUGUUGUGAUGCGGCAGGGAUACGGUGAGGGUAUCAGGUGGCUGUCUCAGUAUGUCUAG